CUUUGCGUCGUUGAACAGGUAAAAGGCACAAAAUCAGUCAGCAUGGAGAUGGAGAAGACGAUAGCCGGCUGCCAAAUCCCGGCGUUCGGCUCGUGGAACUACUGCGACGACCUGCCCAUCACGCAGUGCUUCGACCAAGCCAUCAAGGCCAGGCUGACGAAAGGCCGGCGUGGCGGCGGCGGCGAACGGCGCCUCCUCGUGCCGUUCAGCGCAUCUGUGCCUGCUCCACGCAGGGCAGCACAUGUCAAGGUGAUACGGAGGGACGCGGCAGAGAAGCAGUGGAUCAAUGGCUUCGAGAAGAUGAUGAUCCAGGCUGGGAGAGCUGCUGGGGCUGUCUACGGGACGGCGAAGCGUAAGGCUGCAGGCAACAAGCCUGUGGACGAGGACCUGUACAAGGUGCCACCGCAAGAGCAGGACGAUCCUAGAAAGACAAGGAAAGUUGUCUGGAGCCUGUGGAUUGGGUGCCUUGGGCUGGAUUGCAUUGCCUGAACAAAACCAUGUGGUUAACUUCAGCUCCAAGCAAAUUAAAAGCAUGUAUGGAUUUGUCUGCACUACUUUUUUUGUUCCCCUUAACUCUUCCUCUCGAAUAAUUCUUCCAAUAAGCAUUUAUCGGGCGGCCUUGGUUGUAACAUCUACUUUUGGAUUAGUGACAAAACUACACAUUGGUUACUCCCUCCGUUUAGAAAUA